AUGAUAUCAGAGACCAAGCACACACAAUAUAUUCUCUUGUUACAGGAAUUACAAAGGCGAGACAUCGAGGUAACAAAUGUUCGUGACCCAGCUUACCACCAUCUCCAGUUCUUCAGGACAUCUUCCCUCGCUCUUGAUCUUAACAGCGCUGCUCUGGCUCAUGUCCAUGCUUCACAACAACUCAUGAACAACUUCCGUCUGAGUUCCCUGCAGGCAGGAUUUGGUCUGCAACAGAUCAGCGUAGCCAACACCAAUUUCGCCAACACUUGCCAGAUGAAUCCCGUGUGCCAGAAGAGAGACAUCUAUUACCGCAGAAUUGAUGGCGCCUGCAACAACUUGGAGAAUCCCAUACUGGGCCAGGCCAGGACAACUUUCCAGAGGCUACUUCCUCCACAAUACAGUGAUGGUCUGUCGCGGCCCAGAAUGAGCCGUACCGGUGCUAAUCUUCCCUCUGCACGACUUGUGUCCACCAGUAUCAGUACCGACAUGGACAGACCCAACUUAGAGUUUACCCUCUCCAUUAUGCAGAUGGGUCAGUUUAUCGACCAUGAUCUCACCCACACUCCCAUCAACAGGCUCAGUAACGACAGUGGUAUUCAGUGUUGCUCGAACAACGACCGUGACUUCGUUGACUCUGCCUUCCGCCAUCCCGCUUGCUUCCCCAUCGAGGUGCCCGCCAAUGACCCCUUCUUCGGUGGGACCGGACGCCGCUGCAUGAACUUCGUCAGGUCUUUGCUGGCUCCCCGCAACACUCCGUGUAAUCUAGGCUAUGCAGAGCAGAUGAACCAGCUUACACACGUUUUGGACGCAUCUAACAUCUACGGGUCUAGUGUCUCGGAGGAGCAGCAGUUAAGAGCUUUUCGUGGUGGUCUGCUCAGAGUACAAGAGAAUGACCUUCUCCCAGCUGACUUACAGGUCAUGGAGUGUGAAACCAUCAGAGAAGGAUUACCUUGUUUCAUGGCUGGAGACAACCGGGUGAACGAGCAAGUGGUACUGUCCAUCAUACACACAGUGUGGGUGAGGAUACACAAUCGUAUAGCCCGGGAGCUGGCACGUAUCAACCCACACUGGUCAGACGAGACUCUCUACCAGGAGACCAGGAGGAUUGUGGCGGCAAUUUACCAGCAUAUUAUCUACAACGAAUGGCUACCUAUUGUAAUUGGCAAGGACUACAUGGUUGCCAACGGGUUGCUACCACUGCGACGAGGCUACUCUAGGGACUACAACAGCGGCCUUGACCCGACUAUACUCAACGAGUUCUCCACUGUUGCCUUCCGCUUCGGCCACACUCUCGUCCAGGGUAUGAUUCAGUUAGUGGGCAAGAAGGGUCAGUCUGCGGGAGCGUUGCAGCUACACCAGAACUUCAACAACCCGCGGCAAGUCUACACUCCUGGUAGGCUAGACCAGUUCCUCCGAGGCCUGGCGACACAACCUAUCCAGAUGUUUGACAGAUUUGUCACUUCUGAGCUCACUAACAGGCUCUUCGAGACUCGGGAGGUGCCGCGAGGUAUGGACCUGAUAGCCCUCAAUACCCAGAGGGGCAGGGACCAUGGUAUUGCUGCUUAUAACGACCUAAGGGAAGCAUGUGGACUUCCUAGGGCACGCACGUUUGAGGACCUGCUUGAUGUUCUUCCUGUAGAGGUGGUGCAAACUUUCAGUCGGCUCUACGCUGUAGUGGACGACAUCGACCCCUUCGUGGCUGGCAUCUCUGAGAGGCCGGCACCUGGCGCUCUUCUUGGACCCACUUUCAGAUGCAUCGUUGGUGACCAGUUUAGCCGGCUGAAGCGGGGAGACAGAUUCUUCUACGAUUUGGCAGAUAUGCCCACUUCAUUCACUAAAGCUCAACUCGAUUCAAUCCGGAUGAUAUCCUGGGCCCGCAUCCUGUGUGAGGCUGGAGACAUGGUAGGCUACGUCCAGCCCCUCGCCUUCAGACGUCCCCGUGGCCUGUAA